AUGAAUCUCAGCUAUUAUCCCCCCCCCCCCAUCCCGCCAACGAACAACGCAUUAAACCCAGCCAGUCCAAGUUUCUCAGCUACGGACGAGUGGUCACGCAACGCAAACUUUAGACCUCCAGGCGAAGGGACACCGCGGGGGGGGGGGGGGUGGUGGGGGGUGUGGCGCCAGGGCGAGGCGCGUAGUGCGCCGAAUAAA